AUGAAAAAUGAUCAAUUUAAAAUUGAUGAAAAGUUUGACUUUGACUUGAUCGAUUACGUCGAAGAAAUUGAUCAACAAUAUAGAUUAAAAGAUCAACAAAAAUUCAAUCAAUUAUUAUAUGUAUUAAUUCAUGCAAUAAAUAUGAGAAUCAAACCUGACGGAAUGAUGCUUGAUAUGAAUGAACCAAUGCCAUCUAAUUUUCAUGAACAAUGUGGAUCAAAUACAGAUAAUUCAUAUGGACAAUUAUCUUCACAUCAUCCACAGGCUGAAACAGUAAGAAAUCAGAAUAAAAUGCAAAUGGAACAUCGUGAAGGUAAAGCUCAACAUAUGUAUGGACAACCACCAUCAUUAUUAACAUCUACAAUGGCUUUUACAUCUAGAGGAGGUCAUUUCGGAUCAUAUGAUAGUUUAUUUUCAUCUAGAAAUAAUGCAAAUGAAGUACAAUUAACAGCAUCAUCAAUACAAAAUGAAUUAUAA